AAAUUAACUUUUUUUUUUGUGGUUUUCGAGGCCAAAUCCCUAAUCCGCUCCCCCACCUCCGGGCACUCUUUUCGGUACUUUCGCCAUCUCUCUUUUCCUCUUCAAUCCUCUCCCCACUUGUGGAUUUGGAGGUGGAUUUGUCCGUACUCCUGUCCUGUCUUCCCAAAAGGUCGAUCACUAUUCUCCUCUCUAGCUCUUCUUCUUCUUCUGGUUCUUUGGUACUUCUUCGUUUUUAGUUGUAUCAGUUUACAGUUUCCAUUUCCAUGGCGGAUUGUAUAGAAUUGUCUUGCAACUCAACAUGCCUUGGUUGUGAAUUCUUCUCCUUUCUAUCUCCCCCAGUUGGUCGGAGAUUUUAAUUUCCACAGCCUCGUUGAAUUGUCGAUGAGGGUUUUUUUUUUUUUUUUUAAUUCCCCCUCUGCUUUUGAAUUGCGCGUUUUAUUGAUUUGUGAAAUUUGGAUGGGAAUGGCUUAGUGUCAAGGGUUUGAUUAGGACACGGCUUUUCUGACUUAACUGCUGUUUGAGCUUUCGCUUCUGUUAGUCACCUGGGGUUUGUUUCUUAUUCACUGAUUUGGGUUGAUGUCAUUGUUUUGGGUCUCUGCCUGUCCAUUUCCUCCCAUACCCUGCUGAGUUUCAGAGGUUAAUGUUUGAGAAAAUCCCUUGAAUGAAUGACGCAGGUGUUCUUUGAAGUAAAAAGAUGAGUACUUUGGAUGCCACAAGAGCUGAACUUGCCCUCGUAGUUUUGUAUCUGAACAAGGCCGAGGCAAGGGACAAGAUAUGCAGGGCGAUUCAAUAUGGCUCGAAAUUCUUGAGCAACGGCCAACCAGGAACUGCUCAAAACGUUGACAAAUCCACCAGCUUGGCAAGGAAAGUUUUCCGUAUCUUUAAGGUCUUUGUCAAUGAUUUGCAUGGUUUGAUCAGUCCGGUGCCUCAAGGAACUCCUCUUCCUCUUGUUUUGUUGGGAAAGUCGAAAAAUGCAUUGUUGUCCACGUUCUUAUUCCUUGAUCAAAUUGUUUGGCUUGGUAGAAGUGGCAUCUAUAAGAACAAAGAACGAGCCGAGCUACUUGGUCGCAUAUCUCUGUUCUGUUGGAUGGGGUCAUCGAUCUGUACCACAUUGGUCGAGGUUGGGGAACUUGGUAGGCUGUCUGCAUCUAUCAGUAAGUUAGAGAAAGAGCUUAAGAAUACUGAUAAGCAUGAGAAUGAGCAAUACCGUGCGAAGCUCCAAAAGUCAAAUGAAAGGUCACUAGCUCUCGUCAAGGCAGGCAUAGAUAUUGUGGUUGCAGUUGGGCUUCUGCAGUUGGCACCCAAGAAAGUCACUCCUCGUGUAACUGGAGCCCUUGGAUUUACUACCUCUUUGAUCUCCUGCUAUCAGUUGCUUCCAUCGCGACCCAAGUCAAAGAUAGCCUGACGAGGAUCGGCAAGGUUUGAACGAAUGUGAUGGUCGAGGCAAGGAUAGCUUGAAGGUUGGCCAGAAGAAUACACUAGCUAGCAUGGAAUGUUUAGGUGCCAUGCUGAAGAAAAGUUUUAAAUAAUUGGUUUAGUGUUUGUCAUAUAAAAUGCUUGUUUGGUGUAAGCUUUUGCUUUUGAGUUUCAAAGACCUCAUGUCACCACCACAUUUCAAUGGUCCUGCAUUCGUGCUUACUGCUUCGUUCUGCAAUGGAAUAAUAGUAAUGAUGUCUGAUUUGCUGUGUAACGAAAUGUCAUAAUGGUUCUUCUAAGUUCUAACCCUGUUGAUGAAAGUUGAAGUUAGGGCUCCACAGACAUCAUUAGUCAGAGCACAAAAAUCACAAACCAAACUGACGGCUGUAACCAAACAGAUCCACAAUGAUG